UGUAUCAAAUAAUUUAUAGGACGUGUGUGUAUAUGUUAUGAUAGAACCCUAUUGAUAGACAAAUGCAUCGUUAAAUUACAUGUACAAUUUAUCUCUUCGCACUGUAUAUUUCUCUUUAUAGCCUGCAGUGGAAUUGGUUGUCCAAAAUGGCUGUUUAAAGGACCGUAGCAGACGGAAACUUGUCAGAGUGUAGGCUGAUUCUUCAUCGUCCCUAUGACCUGUCCUGACCCCCCGAGCGUUGCCAAUGGUUACAUCUCGUCAAAUACUAGUACCUCCGUGACCUACGCCUGCAAUGACGGGUUUGGACUGUCGGGGUAUGCCCAGGUUCUCUGCAGUGGUGGGGCCUGGGGUACCCUUCCUUAUUGUUACACAAGCUGGAACAGGAACAACAACAACUUUAUAGCUACGGGAAAUGUGUCUUCUACGCUCGAGGAACCAGAAGCGACUCCGGACUACAUAAUCUACGGGGUGUAUGGGGCUGUUGGAUCGUGUAUCCUCGCUCUACUGGCUGGAUGCCUGCUGUGCUGGCUCCAUCAAUGCGGGUGUUACGACGGUCCUGCGGUGGGGUUCGGCGGGAGCUACGUAUAUAGUGACCGUCGUUGCUGCUACUGGGGGGAUCUCAACGUAAAUUGCUGUAAUUUUCAGUGUAGCUGCUGCAAACGGCGAUGUUGUCGAUACGUUAGAAAGAAAUCACACGGAAAGGUACACUUCCAAACAACACCCACACCAGAACACGUUGCAUUACAAAAGUUUCUGAUGAAAAAGAAAAGAAAGCGAAGGUUCGGACCAAUCCCUUGCUGCUUGCGCGCAGGAAGAUGCCUUUUGGGUUGUUUACUCUGCUGCUGUAGGUGGAAGCGACGCAAAGCUAAGCUUGCCAAACAGCUGGAGAAAGCUGAGGAGGAAAAACUGCUGAACGUUAUUGUAGUCCAAGAGACAAAGGAAAAACUGCUGAGCGUAAUUGUAGUCCAAGAGACAAAGGACGAAGAAAGUAAUAUAAUAAAUGUUCAACCAAUGGAGGGAAAUCAAGAUGGUGAUCGGGAAAAAGUCGCAGAGAAGACAUUAUGGGCCACUCCAAAACCGGAAGAGGAUGAAAAGAAAAAGGUUCCUGAAAAGAAGGCUGAACCCAUCGGGCCACCAUUAAUGGCCAUACGCGAAGCACCAACCAAACCUAGAGAGACAAAGCCCGAACCGGAAAAGGAAAAAGUAAAGAAGGCUGAGCCUGUUGGACCUCCAUUGAUGGUCAUACGUGCACCACCACCAAAACCUAAAAAGAAGAAACGCAAAGAGGAAAAGAAAGGAGGCUUCGAAAGUACUCCUGCCCCAGAUUUUGCGAUUGUGGUCGCAUCUACCAAAAAUCCAUUUGGAAACGUUGACGUAAAGCCAUCAAAACGCGCAGGAAUAUCCCAGACCGAAGCAAACGGUGGCCAAUUAGAGAGAAGCUUUCCAGUGGGAAAAGGAAAUAAAGUAUCGUCAUCUCCAUCUGCAAAUGUCAUCGAAACCAACCUGACAUUUGACAAAAACAUAAAUAAGAAAGUAUCAAAGUGGACUGAUAUGAACGAUGAAGAGUUAUGGAGGAUGCAGCCCCAACAAAACUUGUUUUCUCCGGAAGCGCCAAUAAAAACGAGAAAAACAGCAGGGGAGAUGAUUCCACUUGCAAGCCUUUUUAAAAUAAGCGGAGCACCAAAGCCAGUGAGAAACCAAAAGAAACCAGAAAAGAAGAGGAAGGAAGACGAAGGCGACAAUUUUGGCUUGCCCAGUGUCGGAUCCAAAAGAACUGUUAUUCCUCGACUGUUUUAAACAUAGAAAGAUAUAACGGUCAAAUCAGUCUCAAAAUAGACACUCAUGUAUUGUAGUUACUCUAUCCCAUCUCUUACAUAAACAUGAUGUACGUGAUAAUGAAAACAUGAACAGUGUACUAUGAUGGAAUGAAUCCAAAGAUGAGGAAACGGAUGAAAUCAAUGACGACGGCUUAUGAGUUAUCUUAUUUUUAUAUAUUUUAUUACGUAAUUACAAUUCAUAAGCAUAUCGGAAUUUCCUUUUAGAUCUUACCUUCGUCAAAUAGUUGUAUUCGGCUUUCCAUCUAAAAUGCUUAAUCUAACAAACUUAGAGCUGUUCCAAAUACAUUUGUUAAUACAUAUAAAUGACAUUAAAGAAGUACAAUAUAUGCAGAGUACAAUAAAGUUUC